AGCCGCGGAGCCUGAGGGGGCAAGGCGGCGGUGGCAGAGCCGGUGUCUCGUCACGACCCGUCCCGUCCCGUCCCGUCCCCGUCCCGUCCCCGCGGUGGCCGCUCAUGAGGUGAAGAUGGUGAUCCGCGUCUUCGUCGCCUCCUCCUCGGGCUCGGUGGCGAUAAAGAAGAGGCAACAAGAUGUGGUGAGGUUUCUGGAAGCCAAUCGCAUAGAGUUUGAAGAAGUGGAUAUCACAAUGUCAGAGGAGAAAAGACAGUGGAUGUACAAAAACAUUCCUGAGGACAGACAGCCUGCACAAGGCAAUCCACUGCCACCACAGAUAUUCAGCGAUGAUCAGUACUGUGGAGAUUAUGAAGGCUUUUUUGAAUCAAAGGAGAGCAACACCGUCUUCUCCUUUCUUGGACUGAAACCUAAUUUAGCAUCAAAGGAGUCAUAACCGUAGAAAACCUAUCUGAACUAUCAACAACCAUGUCUUCUGGAUGAAUGACCCUGUUCUUCAGCACACGACAGCUUCACUUAUGGAUCACUGUGAUAGAGCAAACACGCAUCCUUAGUAGUAGUCUGCUUGCCACGAGACGGUGCUCUCCAACAAUACGGGGUUAAUAACAUGUAUAUGGAAUAGGAUUAAGUCUGGGCUACCGAUCUUCCUUUUUAAAAUAUUCAUCGUUAGUGUCUCACUUUUCUCUUUGGAUUGCUUUUGCAGCUGGCACUGAUAUUCUAAUAGACACAUGUUUAAAGAUAAGAAGUGGAAGUGUGGGGCUUCUGUCGUUCAUGGGUAUACUCACGCAGUCAGGUUCCUUAGCUUUUUUGAUUCUUCCAGCUACUGUUGAAGUUAGCUCGCCAUGACAGUUAAAGUGCUGGUGGUUAUUAGAAUGUUUGUGCUAGCUGUUAUUCAGAGGGCAGAAACUGAUGAUCUUAAGAUCUCAGUCCAAGCCAAUAACUGCUGUAUUUUUGCUAUACAUUUAUUUAUUAUGUUUAUGCUAGAUCAUGUUUAUUGUAAGAAACACAGGUUGCUAACCUUUUUCACAAAACCUUGA